AUGUACAACAUUUCUGGUUUAAUAAUUUUAUUUGUCCUACUCUCCCCAUCACCGAUUGUUGUUGGAAAAAUCUACCAACGUUGUUCCUUGGCCAAGGAAUUACACAAAUUGGGAGUAGCCAAAAGUAAUUUAUCCCGUUGGAUAUGCAUUGCCAAACAUGAGUCGACAUUCAAUAGUAAAGCUGUGGGACCUGUCAAUUCGGAUGGAUCACGAGAUUAUGGAAUUUUUCAAAUUAAUGAUAAAUAUUGGUGUACUCCUGCCUCGGGCGCUUUCAGUCACAACUUGUGUAAUGUGCAGUGUAAUGCAUUUUUGACAGACUCUAUUGCAGCCGAUGUUAAGUGUGCCAGAUUAAUCUUAAUGGAACAAGGUUGGAAGGCUUGGUCGACUUGGAGGCAUUGCAAUGGUGCAUUGCCCAGUGUUGAUGAUUGUUUUUGA